GUGGCGUGGAGCUCCGUUGACGGGGUUUUAAAGUCUUCAAGAUGAACCCCCUCACUCAACCCAACCGUUCUCAACCUCCCGCCCAAGAAUAACCCCGAGUCCUCACCCUCCGGGACACUUCCACUUCAUCUUCAGGGAACAUCUAGGCCACGGAGUUAUGGAGUCCGCCCACACCAUGGCUCUGCUGACCGCCGCCAGCGGCGUGGUUAUUCACCUCUUCUUGUUCCGGAAAGGGGAGUGGGAUGUGGCAUCCCCGUCCAUCUUCGUUUCUUAUGUUACGCUUUUCGCCGCUACUGCACUGUUUUCACAUGCGUACCUUGACAUCUCGCUUUCGUCGGUUACACAGCUUGCCGCUUGCCACGUUGUUGGGUUGUACAGCAGCAUGCUUGUGUACCGAGCUUUCUUCCACCGGCUCUCCGAGUACCCUGGCCCGUUCCUUGCGCGGCUCAGCACCUUCUACAUCACGGCACGGUCAGUGCGGAAGCUACACCUCUAUGAAGAGGUCCAGAAGCUGCACGCGCAAUAUGGCGAUUACGUUCGACUUGGGCCGAGAGAGCUUUCCAUUGCUGACCCUGAAGCUGUCAAGGCCAUCUACGGCAGCCAGUCUCCCACAACCAAGGGCCCCUGGUACACGCUUCUUGAACCGCGGGUGCCCUUGUUCAUGGCCCGCGACAAGCAGGAGCACGCCCGCCGUCGCAAAGUCUGGGAUCAGGGAUUCACCACCAAAGCUCUCCAAGGCUACGAGCCGCGCAUCAAUAAAGCCAUCAGUCAGCUCCUCGCCGUCAUUGAGCGGGAGAAAGGCCAGCCACUAGACCUGGCCCAAUGGUUCGCCUACCUGAUCUUCGAUAUAAUGGAGGACCUCUCGUUCAACAAGAACUCCCACAUGGUCGAGAGCGGCCAAGACGGGUACAUCUUCAAGACCAUCCGCGCCGACAUGUGGAACAUCGCCUUCUUCAGCCACAUCCCCUGGCUGCUGCCAUUCCUGAAACGCACGCCCCUGCUCAACGCCGAGUACCUCGCUUUCUACGACUGGAUCCAGAAGCAGAUCGACGAGCGCCGCAGGCAGGAGCCCGACCGGCCCGACAUCUUCUCGCCGAUUCUGCGCGCCUACGAGAAGGGGCCCCAGACCGCCCGCGACCGGCGCAACCUGCACGGCGACGCCCAGCUGGUCGUCAUCGCCGGCAGCGACAGCGUCGUGGCCGCGCUGGUGCAUCUCUUCUUCGAGCUGGCCUGGAGUCCGCCGGGGCUGGUGAGGCGUCUCCAGGCCGAAUUCGACGCCCUCCCCAGCCUGGACCACGACAACCUGCAGACGGUCGCACUCCUCGACGCGGUCAUCAACGAGACGCUCAGACUGCACCCGCCCGUUCCUUCGGGCACGCAGCGCGUGACCCCGCCGGAGGGGCUGGCCAUUGGCGGCGGCAGCAGUGGCGCCUAUAUCCCCGGAGACACCAUCGUGCAGGUGCCGAGCUACACGGUGUUCCGCGACGAGAGGAACUUUGAGCGCGCGGCCGAGUUUGUGCCCGAGCGGUGGACUACCAGGCCCGAGAUGAUCAAGGAUCGGUCGGUCUACAUCCCCUUCAACACCGGUCCGUACGGCUGCGUCGGCAAACGCUUGGCCAUGCUGGAGAUGCGGCGGGUCGUGGCUGAGAUCCUGUCCAGGUAUGAUAUGGCGAUUGCGCCGGACCAAACCCGGGAGAUGUUCCUGGACGGCAAGCAGGACACGUUCACGACGGUCUCGGCUCCGUUGCCCGUCAUCUUCACUGAAAGGGUGCGCAGUAUGUAAGGGGUAAUCGGGUUCGAUGUACCAAACCGAAAAAGAUUGGACAUUCACAUGACCCGGCGAAGGAUGCGCUUGGAUUACCCACUUUUGCUGCGAAAUCGCUGUCGAGCAUACCUAGGUGACGAGCUAUCGGCGCCCUGUUUCACUUAUCAGACCACCCAGCAUCAUCGCUUACUCUUGUGUCAAUCAAGGCUUACCGGUUGCCGGGAUUCGUGAUGCACUGGGGAUGUGUUG